UGUACCGUGUGCAAAGACACAAGCGUGCUGGGGGAAAAAGAUGUGCCGGGUGCAGUCCCCAGCUUUGCAUACAGGGCACCAGUCCGGAACCUGGAAGGUGAAGGAGCAAGGAACCAAUCCGACACAGAUACGAGCCAAGUGUCCCCAUACAAAACCAGAAGCCCACGCCUAAAUCGGGAGGAGUGCCCGCGCGUUAGCCGUACAGACUGAUCACCCUAUCUGCCAGGGUCUUCUCCGGAUUUUGCCAGCUCAUGUCGUGUGUUUUUUCCCUUCUUUUGUACUUUAUUUUUUCAAAACUACGUCCCACAUCUCUAUUAUGUACUCGGUAUCCAUACUGCUGGUCAGUUGCGUCUGGAGUGCGGGGGCAUACCAUGUUCUGGUACAGCAGUUUCUCAAGGAAUGGCAGUCUGACCAACCACCACACAAAUACACAAACUUUGGCACAUUUGGCCGAUUCUGCUGAUAACUGGAAUAGCAGUUCAGGAUUGAGUUACAUUGGCAGAAUUGCCUAUUACCCUGUAAAAAGCCUGCCUCAUUAGUACUACCAGUCAGCUGCUUUGAGCCUAAAUGGACUCCCUCCAAGUUAAAGGUAAGAGAAGUAGGGACAGGAAAAACAGCAAAAUGAGUGAAAGUGAAGCUACCAAAAAGUUGGAGCUCCUUCAGGCACAUAAGAACAUAAGAGAUAGAUGGAAUUAAAAUAGAUGGAAAUUGAUGAGCAGAAGGCUACGCAUCAUAGGACCAUGGCACUCAGGCAGCUAGAGGCUGACAAAGAAAUGGAGGCACAAGCAACCAGACAAAAAGCAGACCAUGAGAGCACCAUGGAAAUCCAGAAGCUAGCCUUUGAAGAGAAAGAAAAAGAGAGAAAGCAUGAACUGGCUAUAUUGGAGUGGAAGAGACAGAACCCCACACCAGGGGGCUCCACCUCUCCAAAAAUCCACAAGUGGGAGUGGUUGUGUCCAGCAUAUAGCAAAUCUGGGGAUAUUGCUGAGUAUUUCAUCAUCUUUGAGAGAAUAUGUAUGCUCCAUGCAAUUUCUGGUGAUCAAAAGAUGACCACUUUGGUUGCAAAAUUGACUGGGAGAGCUCUGGACAUACUCAAUAAGAUGCCAAUGGGUGAUGCUUCCAAUUAUGGUAAAUGUAAGGACAUGGUUUUAAAACAGUUUCAGAUUACACCUGACAUUUAUAGAGUAAAAUUUAGAAGCCUUAAGAGAGGGGCUGGAUUAAGUAAUGUGGCUUAUGUGAACCAAAUGAGAGAUCUACUGGAUAAGUGGGUGAGGAGAAAAGGUAUUACAAGCUUUGAAGGAAUGUGUGAUUUGGUUGCUCAGGAACAGUUCCUGAAUAUGUCUAGUGAUGAUGUAAAACAGUGUUUAUGGGAUAAAAAGGUGGAAACAGUUGAUGAACUUGCAGCUUUUGCAAAUAAAUUUGAGCAAUCUCAAGCACCUAGAGGAGUUAAAGUUUGGUGGGAAGCAAGGUCCACGUUUUACCCCUGGGAAGAAGGACGGUGGAUGGGAGGCUGGAUACUCACCUCCCCAGGUUCACUCCUCCAGUCCUCAUCCCAAAUCUGA